AUGCGCACGACUCCGAGCGAUUCCAUCAACCCCGGGGAUGAUCAUUCAGAUGUUUUCAAAAAUCUUGAUUCGGCUUUCGAGGCACUAAGCAGGUUUGAGGGGGUGUUCGAUUGGCCAUAUGAUCCCCAUUCCGAUGGAUCUGAUCACUUUAUGCCGAUGGAGUUCAGGCCAUCUGAGGAGAAAGAUGAAAAUCGUGCUAAUAACGAUCCCGGAGCCUAUUACAGAAAAGGAGUGCAAUCGGAAAACGGAUUGAUCCAGCCCCCAGAGAAAACCGUGGCGCAUCCCAAGAGCUCUAAAGACGCUCGGGAAAGCGAGCCAUCUGGGAGAAAUCAGCUAUUAGGAUCGAAGAGAGCUGCCGAAGAAAUCCAACCACUUACCCACCUGCAAGCACUGCAUGCCCCUUUUCUGAGUACCGAAACCCUUUGGCCGCAUGAUGGGCAACCAGUCGCAUCGAGUGAAACAUUGCAAGUUUCUCAACCUCAUCAACCACUUACCCACCAAACCAACACUCCCAUGCAAAUCGAGGCCCCUUUUGAGACCUCCCAGACCGAAGCCGAACCCUAUGUUGGCAAACAAGUAGUACCCACCAAAAGGUUGAGAGCUGAUCAACAGUUUGAAACGCCUUUCGCCCAAGUGACCCAGACACCUGCGAUAUCUGGUACGCAUUCGAAAGGCUCUAUCUCCCAGUCAGACCCAACAAAUCAGCAAGACAUAACACAUGGAGGCAACGAGAUACCAAAGAAAGUUACGAAGGCAUGCAAUGCACGGUACUUUGGAAGAGAUGGACCUACAAUGCUUGAUCUUGAACGUCGGGUGAAUAAAGCCCUUAAACACCAGAGCCCUUCCGCAAAAGAGGAGUUCAAGUUGUUCACAAAAAAGAUCGAUGAAAAACACAGGGAGCUAAACGAUUUGUACAGAAAUUCUAGAAAAAAAUCUUCAUCGGAGACGGUUACAAGAACUCAAGGUGGUUCGCAAAUGUGCGUACGCAAGCUGGCAAUUCCAGAGAAUCAUGGAGAACGUUCUCUUGUCAAUAUCGACAUCCGAAUACCUCUCCAAUCAAAAAGCCGAUUUCACAAUUAUGAUUCGGUCUUCAUCAGGGUCGAUUCAGUCCUAAAAGCCCUGAAUUCAUAUCACAACUUGGUGCUUCUGAAUGGAAUGGAUAUAAACAUUUUGCGAAGAGAGGUCUCUAAUCAUGCAAGGCUACUACAAUGGUUUUAUGAACAGUUAUUCACCAAUACUGCCGAUCACCCCCCGCUCAUAGCCACAGCUAAAGCUGUACUGGAAGAAAAUAGUGCGCAGAGGACCUUCAGUAAGGCCCACAAUACUAUAUAUCACCCCCACCACCCGGAACCUCAAGAGAUUAGUGGGGAAAAGAUAUUCAAUGAGGCCCAGAAGCGUUUAUAUAAUUUCUUGAUUGACCCAGAGAGAGUAAGCCGGUUGAAUGCUGGCUUGGUUGCACUCGAUCUUUUGGGCCAUUGGUACCGAGCUGAAUUCUCAAAACUCUCAGAAGAUGCUUUCCCCGCUGCGGAUUACAAUGAGAAACUUGCUCAGGCAGUUGCUCCAUAUAAACCCGGACUGCGGAGUUGCCUCAAAUGA